AUGAAUUCUGUGUUUAACACUGUCAUGAGAGAACAUGGACGACAGUCUGUGUUAGGCGGUGCUGCAAUGGCACUUAAAAAGGCAUAUAAUGCUGCUAAAUCGGAUUGUGCUGAACAUCUUACGAAGAUACUCGGGCCUGAUGAUCCUCUUCCUGCUGGUUUCUUGCAGAAGACAAAAUCUGAGGAGGUGAUAAUGUGCAUAUGUGGAUUACACGUGGAGGAGGGUCUGAUGGUUCAGUGUGGUGGCGCCAAAUGUGGCGUGUGGCAGCACGCGCGCUGCAUGCGAGUGGCUGAUACGCGGGCCCCGCACUACUGCCACCACUGUCGACCGCACCAGGUGGAUCGCGAAAUACCAUUGGACGAUUACACGGAGGAUGGUCACCAAUUCUACCUGUCGCUUAUGCGCGGUGAUUUGCAAGUGCGACAAGGCGAUACCGUGUAUGUGCUGCGUGACAUUCCUAUCGAUGAUAAGCACCCUGACGUCAGCCAGAAGAACGGUGAUAAGACAGAUUCACCUAAGACCAAACGGAUUGAGAGGAAGAAGCUGAAGAAUAUUGGGAAAGGCAAAUCGGAAGACGCUGCUCAGAAUAAGGAUGGCGAAGUUCGUAAGCACACUUACCAAACAAUCGGUGAAAUAGCUGUAUCGGAACUGGAUAUAUUCCGCGUCGAACGUCUCUGGAAACACAAACAAACACAGGAGCGUUACGUUUACGGACACCACUAUCUGAGACCUCACGAAACCUUCCACGAACCAACAAGGAAAUUCUUCCAUAAUGAAGUGAUGAGAGUACCAUUAUAUGAGGCUGUGCCUAUUGAACUAGUAAUGUCACAAUGUUGGGUUAUGGAUCUCAAUACAUACUGUAAGGGUCGUCCGGUGGGCGCAUCUGAGCAGCACGUGUACAUAUGCGAGCUGCGUGUGGACCGCACAGCGCGACUGUUUACGAAGGUCUCUCGGCCUAAGUAUCCCAUCUGCACCAAGCCUUACGCCUUCGAUACAUUCCCGCACCGGCUCAAGGCUACGCGCACAUAUGCGCCACACGAGGUUUCACCUGAGUACUUGAAACCCAGAGGGAAAAGUGCAGCGCCCGCUGAGAAAAACAAAAUUACUUCUAAUAAGGACACUAAAAAGAAAAUCACACCGCUUGCUGUUGCUGAUAGUUCCAAGGUAAACUAA